AUGUCGACUUCCCCACAAUCCCCAGAGUCAAAUCAACCACUUCCCAACGCCCAUCCUACUGAAGAAAUCCACGAUGCCUCCCAGAGACGAGAGUCCGAGUCCACCACCCGUUCCACCGAACUCUCCAGCGUCACCUUAAAAUUACGCAAGGCCCUGCGAAACUUCCCCGACUUUCCCAUCCCCGGCAUCGAUUUCGUCGAUAUCUUGCCGCUCUUUGCCAACCACGAUCUUCACGAAUCUUUAAUCCGCGCGCUCGAAUUGCAAGUCUUGUUGGUGAAUGGAGGAAAGAAGCCAGAUGUGGUUGUGGGUUUGGAUGCCAGAGGAUUCUUGUUUGGUCCCUCGCUGGCUUUGAGAUUAGGGGCUGGAUUUGCUCCCGUCAGAAAGAGAGGAAAGUUGCCGGGUCCAACGGAAGAGGCAAGCUUCGAGAAGGAGUAUGGUCAGGAUUAUUUCCAAAUUCAGAAGGAUGCUAUCAAACCAGGACAAUCAGUUUUGGUUGUAGAUGAUAUCAUUGCUACUGGAGGAAGUGCCCAAGCUGCCGGAAAACUUGUCCAACAGCUCGGUGGACACUGUAUGGGAUAUUUAUUUAUUUUGGAAUUGGAUUUCUUGAAAGGACGUGACAAACUUUCCGCUCCCGUCGCAACAUUAUUACGCGAUUAA